AUGUCGGACCACGUCCGAGACAGCGGCAAAUCGCUAGCAUCAGACCCAGCCCGCACCUUCAACUACCCCUGGGCUGCCGCACCAGACAUAAUCCGCGCCAACCAAAAGGACGCCUACUUCCAAAGCACCCUCCUAACACACCUCUCCUCCGUGAUCCGCGCCCUGUAUGGCACACGCUCCGAACACAAAUGGGCCAACGAAGCCUCCGUCUUCACCGAACUCCUCUAUCUAGGCCUGACCACCUUCCUGGGAAACCGCACCCUGGGCGAGGAGUACUGCGACAUAGUCCAAGUCGAAGAUGACUCCAACCGCCUCCCCUCCAUCGCCAGACGCUCCGGAUACAUCCUCUCCUCAGUCCUCCUCCCCUACAUCCUAAACCGCUUCCUCCCCGCCUUCCGCAAACGCCUGCGUGCCAAACUGGAGAAGACCCUCCGAAAAGCCCACCACAGACGCAUGUCCUCCCCCACCCGCGCCAAACACCCUCCCACCAAAUCCGCCCAAUUCCAGGAAUACAUCCUCAAACACCUCGACUCCAUCACCUCCCCGGCCCCCAUCUACGCCGUCAGCCUCGCCGUCUUCUACUUCACGGGCGCCUACUACCAGCUCAGCAAACGCGUCUUCGGCCUGCGCUACAUCUUCACGCGCAAACUCGAAGAGUCCGACCAACGCGCCGGCUACGAAGUCCUGGGCGUGCUGCUCGUCGUGCAAAUGGUCGUGCAGGCGUAUCUGCACAUGCAAACGACGUAUCAGAAAGUCCAGGAGCAGAACGUCCAGCUCUCCCUCGGCCCGAACGGAACCAACGCGCUGGACGGCGGCUCCGCGGUCAUCGACAGCGGCGUCGAACUAGGCGCCGAGAACCACUUCAACACGCCCCUCCUCUUCGAAGCCAACCCCCGCGGCAACGACCCGGAAGUCAUCAAACGCCGCGUCGCCCAAGUCACGCACACGCCGCUCGCGAACGGCCACCGAUACGAUCUGAAGGACCCUGAGCCGAUGCAGUGGAUCGAGAGCAAGCAGGGGAGGAAAUGCACGCUGUGCCUGGAGGCGAUGAAGGAUCCCUCGGUCACGACGUGCGGGCAUGUGUUUUGCUGGACGUGUGUGACGGAUUGGUUGAGGGAGCAGCCGCUGUGUCCGCUUUGUAGGCAGAGUGCGUUGGUGCAGCAUGUUUUGCCUUUGAGGGGGUGA